AUGCUUCCUCAGCUGUACCGCACGCUGAGCCGUCGACUUCGUCAAGUAACUAGGGACUGUGAACUCCGCAGUGUGCGUCAGCAGGCGCUGCGAGCAUGUUUCAAGGAUUGCUCAGCGCGUUUCGAGAGUUUGAGUGAGCGAGCCGUUCCGUCGUCGAUGCCGACGCCUUCCCCCGCUAUUGCCGAUGAAGUGCUUCGCUGGCAGUCAGCGGUGGACGAGCUUUCACAGUUGCAUGAACGAUACGAUAUUGCUUGCGUCGAUAAGACUGAUGAUACGGCACGUGGCUGGCAACAAACGAUGAGGGAACUAGCGGCUGCGCGUUGCGCUCUCCGGAUGCCGUCCAGGGCGCACCCGGAGCGCACCCGCUCCGCGACUGAUUAG